GUCGCUUUGCCAAAGCAGUCGGCGACGCCGUCCGGGCCUGCUACCCCGGGUUUCGCGCGCUCAACAUCGACGGGAUCGCCCAAAAGGUGUCCAUGUACGUCGGUGAGGAGCUGCGAAAAGUGGACCCUGACUUGGCGGAGAGCAGCGGCUUCGCCGCUCCGCGCGCGCUGUUGGACGUGGA